UAGAAAAUUGUUCGCAGAGAAGGAGAUUCGAUCAAAGUAUCCUUGCCCACUUCAAAUGGGCUUCAAAUAAGAGCUGCUGCAACAUUGCUCAGAAGAUAUAGGCUGCUUUUCAUUCAAUGGAGGAAGGUUCUAGUCUUCAGCAUCAAAUGCACCAGAAAAUCACCACCAAAACGGCCUGUUCCGCCGCUGCUGUGGAGGAGGUGACGAACAAGGAGCCGAACCUCUACCCGUUCGAGUGUGGCCCUCUUUCGCCCCCAUCUCCCACGCUUUCAACCGCUUUUGAUGAUUUCAACUUUUCUCCAAAUUCACCUUCUGCGUCAGAAAAGUCCGGUUCGGCUCCUUUCGACCCCCUAUCUAAUUCCUUCUUUGACGAUGAUGAAUACCAAAUGAAUUUCGUCACCGAUUUGUUUGAGCCUGUCGAUUUUCUGGUGUCUAAUGAUAUCGAUAGGGUUUUCGGAGCUGGAUCUGAUGGUGUAAAUAGCACGGACGAUAUGGAGUUAGAGUUGGGGACUGUAUCUGAUUUCGGCCAGCCUGUUACUGCUUUGGAAUCGCAUAGUUCUCCAUCUGUUUCUGGCCUUCGAAUAGUUGGGAUGGAUUCAGAGUCGGAUACAGAAGAUACAGAAAUGAUAUCUGGGGUUAGUAAUCAGAAUGUUGUUCGGGUGAAUUGUGUGAGGUGUAAUAACGACCUAGAUUUGAAUGAAGAAUUCGAUUGGGAAGAAAUAAAUGAAAGACUUGAGGAGAGGGGUAACAUAAGCUCAUUGAUUGAUGAAAUUGAAGAGUUGUUAGUCUCCUCUGAGAUAUCUUCUUCAGAUGGAAAUAACUCAUUUUCUGACGAUGGAGGAGAAGAGGAUGGCGAUAGGAAUGUAGAAUGGCAGGUACUUUUGGCAAGGGGUGUUGUUGAAGAACACAUUGAAUUUGAAAGCGAUAGUAUUGGUGAUGAGAUGUCAUCCUUAGGCGUGAAUGGUGUUCAUGCUUAUGGUACAGACUAUGACCAUGAUUCCCUUCUUGGACAAAUUUUGGAAAUUGGAAGUGUUUUGAAGGGCAGCCCCCCUGCUUCCAAAUCUGUAAUAGAAAGUCUUCCCUGUGUUGUCAUCACAGAUGAAGAUUUGAGUACAAACAGUGUUUUUUGUGCAGUUUGUAAAGAUGAGAUUUUGAUCGGAGAAAAGGUGAAUAAGCUGCCUUGUUCCCAUUAUUACCAUGGGGGUUGCAUCAUUCCAUGGCUAAGCAUUCGGAACACAUGCCCUGUUUGUCGCUAUGAGCUUCCCACGGAUGAUGAUGAUUAUUCGAAGAAUAAAAACGAAAGAGCUAUUGGAGCUGGUUUUGUCAAUGAUUUGGAGGUAUGAGUAUAAUUUUGAACUUUUACAGUGAGAUUUGUAAUAAUCCAUGAAAUUUCUGGACUAAGGGAACUACUUUUUUGCUUAUGCAAUGUAUUACUUUGUUAUGUAGGAGUAUAAUAUUGUAGUGAUAAAAAUGUAAUGCAAGCGUUGGAACUCUUUUGUUAUAAUGUAAUGUGGUUUUGCAAC